UAGAUGGACAACCCAAUGUGUCAAACGUGGAUGUAAACAUUUCAAAACUCACGUUUAUUAGACAUUUUUCUAGCGUGCUUUUUUGUGUGUUAUUUAUGAAUUAAAAGUUGUGGUCUAAAGAUUUUUUUUUAUAUUUAGAAUAUAAAUUACUUUGUUUAACCUGUUUUACACAAUCAGUCUUUGGAGUUCAUCGAGAAAAGUUGUUUAUAAAUUAAAUCAACAAGUUAUACAUUACCAAUUCCGUUUUUUUUUGCAUACAUAGUAACCGGUAUACCCUCGAGCUUGAUUACUAGAUGAACGAUUAAUGUGCUGACUAUAAAAUUGCUUCAGUUUGACUGAAUGACAGUCUUGUUGACAAGACACAGUCACUGUUACAGAUACUGAUUUUCGUUGUUACUGUUAGAAAACACAUUGUUAAAAAUGAGUUUAAUAUCCAAUUACAUGUCUUUAGUUGUUGCCAGUGCAGUAGUGAUGACGUAUGGUCAAACCUAUAAUUAUGAUGAAAUACGUGACUUGUAUAAAGAUGACUUAGUUCAGAAUUUAGGAAAUGGAUCACAUAUAACUUUUCAAACGUUUGAGGAUCAUUUUAAAACCCGUGUAAAUACAUGGACAACUAAUAGUUCACUGUCGGAAUGCCUUGGAAACAAAAGCCCUGGGCCAGUUGCAAUCAACAAAACCUGUUUACUUCAGAAGUGCCUGACUCCAGAAGAUGUGUUCCAGUUAUCAGGCCUUGCUCAGCAGACGACAGACAAGGAAGUGUCAACUGCCGCCAUGAUGCUGGUUCAUCUCAUGGAGAACAAAACUUGUGGUUUUGAAGAACAAAGCAAAGAUGAAAUAUUGCACAAGAUAAGGCCAUCUUCAGCAGAAGCAUGGGGAUUUGGUAUACUUUGUACUACUAUAAUCAGCCUGUGUUCUCUUGGAGGCCUGAUUGCUCUACCAUUUGUACAUGGUGCGAACUACAAGAAAAUAUUGAUCUAUAUGGUGGGGCUCGCUGUGGGAACUCUAGCAGGAAGCAGCCUGCUCUUCCUUAUUCCUGAGGCAUUAGAAUUGACUGAUCAAGAGAUGAAUGAACACAGUUAUAUAUGGAAAUGUCUGGUGAUGAUUACUGGCAUAUACGUGUUCUUUAUCAUUGAAAGAAUCCUUAAAAUUAUCACCGAAAGAAAGGAGCGAACUAAACGGGACAAAAAACUGCAUCAUGAAAUUCAUCCAGGAACAUUUGCUUCAUUCCACGAGGCAGCGCCAGAGCCAGAGUAUAGGGACCUUGAUACAUUACCUCAUGUAUCACCGUGCGGCGACAGCAUCUCUAGAAGUGAUGAUUCACAGCUGAGUAAUUCAAGAAAUGAUGUUUCAGUAAAACCUGAUCAUGAAGCAAAUGGUGGAGUCACACACAAUGGUCACACUCACAUGCACGGGCAUGUACAUAAUGCUCCUCACCAUCACAGACACGUUGCCCCUGUUGCCUGGAUGAUCAUCUUUGGUGAUGGUUUACAUAACUUUAUUGAUGGCGUGUCAAUAGGAGCCGCAUUUACAGAGAGCAUUCUGGCUGGAGUGUCCGUAUCAGUUGCGAUUUUGUGCGAGGAACUCCCACAUGAACUUGGUGAUUUUGCCGUGCUUUUAAAUGCUGGUAUGAAGAUAAAGCGUGCAGUACUAUAUAACUUCCUGUCUGCCUGUAUGUGUUAUCUGGGAUUGGUUGUUGGAAUCUUUCUGGGAGAAAGUACUGCCGCUCAUACAUGGGUGUUUGCCUUUGCCGGUGGAAUGUUUCUGUAUAUAUCUUUGGUUGAUAUGAUGCCAGAAAUGAAUACAGCUGGUGAAUCUGAGGAGAACAAGAAACUUAUAGGACAGAGCAUGAUAUUUGUACUGCAGAAUCUAGGACUGCUCACAGGGUUUGCAAUCAUGUUUAUUAUGGCUGUAUAUGGAGGUGACCUUGAGGCCACUAUUAGAGGUGAAACUCACUGAGGUUCACAGAGUGGGGCUUGUGAUAUGUUUUGUUGUCAUUAAGGAUUGCUUUGUGGUUUUAUGAUAGUCAUAAUAGAUAUAUUUUAGAUACUAGGCUCUUUAACUCGACUAUUCAAAGAGAAUGUAGAGCUAUUGCACUCACCCAUGCCCUAAUUUGAUUAAAUUUUGUAUGUAAGCUAAUAUCUCGAUAUCCACUGAUAGGAAUGGAUUGACACUUCAAACACUUGUUCACUGUGAUGAUUUGACAUGCACUGUACAUGUUCUGUAACUCUGAUUUACAUUUUUAAAAAGUUUAGCCCCUUUUUUUUAGCAAUUUUUGAUUAAGUUUUGUGAUUGAGCUGUUGUCUGAGUAUCCAGUUACGGGAAUGGACUGAAAUUCACACACUUGUGAUGAUCUUAUAUUCUUUACAUAGGUUCCCUAACUCUGUUUUACAGUUUUGCAAAUUUAUGCCCCUGUAUUGACUUAGAAAUAUUUGGUAAUAUUUUUUAAUGUAAGCUGGUAUCUCAGUUCCCAUUUAUGGGAAUGGAUUGAAACAUAACACUAUGAUGAUAUGACAUGUAGUGCACAUGCUCUUAUACUGUAUUUUGCUCUUUCACAAAAAUAAGCCCUCUUUUCAACAUAGCAAUUUUUUGGUGUAAUCUAUUACAUCAUUAAGCAUCAUAAGAGGGGAAAGUUCUAUGUCUCAAAAUUGUUUCCAUUUCGUAUUUGUUUCUAUUUUUGAUUAUUUAAAAUUUUCAGUGACAAAGCUUUUGAAUAGUUGAACGUUGCUGUCCUCUGAUAUCUCUUGUUUUCUUGUGUCAGAAAUGAGUUCCUUUUAAUAUAAAGUUUAAUAAAAUAGUUUUUCAGAAGUAAUAGUCUGACAUACUUCUUACAUUACGUUGGUGGAUUUUUACACAGAUAUUUGUUCGUGAAAUAGCAGAUAUUUGUUUGAUUCAGUGUAAGAUUGAAAUAUCUUUCACGAGUGAACACCAGAUGCAAUAUAUUCAUGAGUGGCAUUGCCAAGAGUGAAUCACUGAAAAACAUGUAAUAAAUGUUUUAACAUCCAUCCUAAAACUGUUGUUUUAUGUAUUUUAUCAUUUAUUGUCAACUUUUUCUGUUUCAUAUUUUGUAUAUGAUAGGGAACACAUACUGUUAAAACCUGCCAACAAUCUGUUUUUAAACAUGAUUAUAAAUUUACCAAGAGAUUUACUUUUUGUUAGUGUCUAUUUGUCAUUUGGUAGUUUUUAAUGUUUAUAAUUAUAUAACUUGUUAUACACCCGAAGAGACGUACUAUGUUAUGAUGCCAGUGUCUUUCUGUCCAUCUGUCCGUUAGCAAUUUUGUGUCUUGAACUGCUUUAAGGAUUUUUAAGAAACUUGGCACAAAUGUUCACCACAUCGAGACAAUGGCAGAGCGCAUGUUUCGGAUGGCUCACUUCAAGGUCAAGGUCACACUUAGCGGUCAGAGGUCAUACCUUCGGGCGUAUAAUGUUCCGCAUUGCGGUGCUCUUGUUCAUAAUUAAAAGGGUAUUUUGAUAUUUGCAUUUUAUAGAAUAAUAUUUAUUGUUUAGUAGAAUGUCUGUAUGUUAGGAUGAAGCUGAAUGUUACUCUAUAAACAUUAUUUUUACCCUAAUGAUAACGAUACCUGUUGCUUUAUAUAUAGAACAACAGAAUAUUGUUGUAGAAAUAUUUGCAACGAUCAUGUGGAAAUAAGAUAAAUGUGAUACUCCUUGAAUGAUGUGCACAGAGUAUCGUGUUUUUUUGAUAUGCACAUAUAUUUAAAUAUUGUUAGUCAUAUUUUGUACAUCAUGUGCCAUGUCAAGUACGAAAUGUACAGAUAGUCAAUGCAAAACUGUUGUAUUGGGUGUAGAGAUGCAGAUACAUCUUUUUGUAUUAUGGGGAAUAACUCUUGGAGAAAAAUUGUUCUUCUCGUGAUAUUGGUAUAGUAAUAUAUAAUAAUGUUGUUUGUUGAUGUUUUUUUGCUAUGUGUGGGUUUCUUCCUGAGUUUUAAUGAAAUUCAAUGUUUUUAUCUCACCCGAGCAUGAAGUGCUCAUGGGUGACCUAUUGUGAUUACUCGUCAUUCCAGUCAACCAUAAAUAUUUCAAGUGUUAAUACAUUAAGAGACCUCAUGUUUAGAGCAAACUUCAUGAAACUUACAUAUAUGUAAAUUACCACAAAAUUUCUGUUUAUGUUUGAUAAAAAGCUAGAUUACUGAUGUAACUGUAGAGUUAUGGCCCUUGAGUCAGUAAAAAAUGUAAUUUUUCAGGCUGUUCACACAUUUAGAGCAACAUUUCUAAAGGAAUCUUCAUAAAACUGACACAGUAUAUAUAUAAUCACAAGAUUGCAAACAAGUAUGAUAACUGGCAGGAUUACUGAAACAACACUGUAAUUAUGUCCCAUGACAUAGUAAAACUUUCAUACUUUACAUCGUAAAUAGGCUAGAUUUCAACAGUGAUUCUAAAACUCAAAUAUAAUGUAGCCAGCUUCUAGAUCCUUUAUAGCUUUAUUAAUCGGCAAGAUUGCCGUUAUAUAGCAAUAGUUAUGGAUCUUGAAUUAGUCAGAAUUGCUUUUGUAGAAAGUUGUGGACAUAUAAAGAGGCCACAUCUAUUGAGUAAAUAUUUUUGAAAUUGACACAGAACAUAAAUUUCUAUAAGAGCUAGGAAAAUACGGGUUUCAUUCAAGAAUUCUCAGACAACUUAUAACCCUUGAAAUAGUCAUUAUUGACAAAUUUCAGAUAUUUUACACUGAGACCUCACUGCUUUAAUAAUCUUCAUGAAACUUACAUAGAACAUAUAUGGCCACAAGAUUGCAGAUUCAGUAGUGCCUAAGAUUGCUCUUAGAACAGAGUUAUAAUCUUUGAUUUAGCAAAAAUUGCUGUAUUAACUUCGCUAACAAAUUAGGGGCCACAUUUCUUCAGCAGAUUUUCCAAAAGUUACUCAAAAUAUAUAGAUAUGCUCACAACUUCUCAGACAAGUUGUGAUAAUGGGCCAGAAUCAAUCAUACAAUAGUUAUGGCCCUUGAUUUAGCAAAACUUGUCAUAAAUUCACUUUAUUAUGGAGUAUAUAUUAUGUUAAAGUGAUAAGUAACUGUCUUGUACAAGUAUUCAGGUGAGCAGUAAAUCACUGUCCUCUUAUUGUAAAACUCUGUUUAAAAUUAAUUUAAAUAUAUACUGAUCUCAAUUUUAAACUUGAUACAGGUAAAAGUUUUAUAUUGUUGAAUUCUUUCACAUAUAUGUAUUGUAUUUCUUAUGAACAACUGUUAAAUGAUUCCCAUGAUGUGAAAAGAAAAUUAAGGUGUCUUUAUAACUCAUUGUUGUUGGACCACACAUUAUAAAGUCUGAAAGACUGGCCAAUACUCAUUUAACUAUUACUGCCUUUAUAACAUAAUUUAUACAGAUGAAAUUUAAAACGCACACUCGUGCAGACUUUCACUACAGUCUAUGCUAAUUCAGUAAUGACAGAGGAAAAAAAAGAAAGAAAAUUUUGAUGUGUACUAGCCCUGACCAUGUUGUUAAUUUUAGAAAUAAAGAAUGCAUACAAAAAUUCAAAUUGUGCAGGCACAUUUUUCUGCUAACCUCCUGUUAUAGGCAGUGUAAGGACUUAUUUUCAAACAUAGAGUUUAGUUGCAAGAAUCAAGCAUCUGUGGUUCAAUAAAUGUAAAGAAAAAAUAUGACCCCCAAAGACCUUUUUUCUCAUGUUGAUGAUGAACAGUUGUAACUAUUACUGUAUGUAAUUUGUUAUAAAGCUUUUACUCUUACUUGUAGGUAUUACACAUUUUUUACAUGUGUAAAUUAACAUUGUCUAAAGAUUACUUUGUCUUACAUCAAAUGUUUAUUUUGCCAUAAUGAUAUUACAGCAACGAAACUGGUAUUUGUAUACUACUGACUACUGGUACAUUUCUUAGGGAAAGAAAAAGAAUUUUAAGUGCAAGAAGUUUGAAAUUGUUGAACCACUGCUGUGAUGUUUUCUAUAGUGAUUUUAAAUUUUACCUGAAAGUAAGUCAGUGUAUUUAUUAUAUUUUUCAGUAUUUGGGUUCUUUAGUUGGUGUUAAUGCUAGUCACAGAAGUUUAUGAAAUAAUUACUUCAAAUUGGAGUUGUAUUAAGAUAAAAUGGGCAUAGUGCUUAUUUCUAUCACAAUUCUAUCACAGUUUAUGAAAUUAGAUGUGUCCGCCCUUUACUAGAGUGAUGUCUGGAUUAACAGAGGAAUAUCUAGAUUAACAGAGGAAUAUCUUGAUUAAUGGAAGGAUAAUCUUGAUUAAAGGAGGGAUAUCUUGAUUAACAUAGGGAUAUCUUGAUUUACAGAGGAAUAUCUAGAUUAAUGGAGGGAUAACUUGAUUAACAGAGGGAUAUCUUGAUUAACAUAGGGAUAUCUUGAUUAAUAGAGGAAUAUCUAGAUUAAUGGAGGGAUAUCUUGAUUAACGGAGGGAUAUCUCUAUUAACAGGAAACGCUAUGUGAAUGUAGAUUGUAUUUAUAUUGUUUAAUAAUAAAACAUUCCGUUAUAAUUUGUUAUCAAUGUCUAUGAUAGGUAAUUAUGUCUUAGUUGCAGUUAUGUGUUUGUUUACUUUGUUGUUCUCUAACAUACUUUUAACUCUGUUUGGAAAAUAGUUUGCUCCAGAUUUUAUCUAAACAAUAUAACACAGAAAAACAGUAACAGUUAAAUAUUAGAAUAUAUUUGUAUUGAACAUCAUCCAGGAACUGUAUAACUUCGAACAUAAAUUGUGAUAGGACUUACUUGAAAGACCAAUAACUAACAUGACAUUGGAUACUUUGGUUUUAAUACUCUUUGCAUAUCAUUCUAAUGACAAACCAUGUUUUUCUGUUUUAAUAAUACAGUAUCAUUUUGCAUCUCUUAUUCUAUUUUAAUACUUAGAUGUUUAUUCCUAUUUUUACUGGUUUUUAUACGCCCGUUUGAAAAACGGGACGUAUUAUGGGAACGCCCCUGGCGGGCAGAUGGGCGGUUGGGCGGGCGGGCGGCGUCCACAGACCUUGUCCGGAGCAUAUCUUCUACAUGCAUGGAGGGAUUUUGAUGAAACUUGGCACAGUUGUUCACCAUCAUGAGUCGGAGUGUCAUGCGCAAGAACCAGGUCCCUAGGUCUAAGGUCAAGGUCACACUUAGAGGUCAAAGGUCAAAUUCAAGAAUGACUUUGUCCGGAGCAUAUCUUCUUCAUGUAUGGAGGGAUUUUGAUGAAAGUUGGCACAAUUGUUCAUCAUCAUGAGACGGAGUGUCAUGCGCAAAAACCAGGUCCCUAGGUCUAAGGUCAAGGUCACACUUAGAGGUCAAAGGAUACAAGAAUGAAAAAUUCAAGAAUGACUUUGUCCGGAGCAUAUCUUCUUCAUGCAUGGAAUGAUUUUGAUGUAGCUUGGCACAGUUGUUCACCAUAAUGAGAGGGAGUGUCGUGCGCAAGAACCAGGUUCCUAGGUCUAAGGUCAAGGUCACACUUAGAGGUCAAAGGAUACAAGAAUGAAAACUUUGUCCGGAGCAUAUCUUCUUCAUGCAUGAAAGGACUUUGAUGUAGCUUGGCAAAAUUGUUCACCAUCAUGAGACGGAGUGUCAUGCGCAAGAACCAGGUCCCUAGGGGUAAGGUCAAGGUCACACUUAGAGGUCAAAGGAUACAAGAAUGAAAACUUUGUCCGGAGCAUUUCUUCUUCAUGCAUUGAGGGAUUUUGAUACAACUUGGCACAAAUGUUCACAGCAUGAGACGGAGUGUCAUGCGCAAGAACCAGGUCCCUCGGUCUAAGGUCAAGGUCACACUUAAAGGUCAAAGGUCAGAUACAAGAAUGACUUUGUCUGGAGCAUUUCUUCUUCAUGCAUGUAGGGAUUUUGAUGCAACUUGGCACAAUUGUACACCAUCAUGAGACGGAGUGUCAUGCACUGGUCCCUUCUUUAAAAUUACUUCCCUUUGCUGUUACUAUAAAUAGCUUAUAUUGUAACUUUUUCAUUACAAGUCGUAGGGAAAAAUUGAGACCACUUUUCUGUAGUACAACAUGCAUGUUACAUCCAAUUCUGAGGUGUAUUUUGAGCUAUCUCUACCUGGUAAGGAUUUUUGUGUGGACUUGUAAUUUUUUUUUUUCGAUUUUUUUUUUUUUUUUUUUUUUUUUUCUCUUUAAAGAUUAACUUCCCUUAGUUGUUACUAUAAAUAACUUACGUUGUAACUUUUUUAUAAUUGACCGUAGGGAAAAACCAAGACCACUUUUCUGUGGUACAACAUUGAUAUUACUUUCAAAUUUUGGGUGUAUUUUAAGGUAUCUCUACCUGGUAAGGAUUUUUUUUGUGGACUUAGAAAAAUAAAAGAAUUACAAUAAUUUCUAAAAAAAACAACAUUGUAAACAACUAGAAAAUUAAAAUUCCAUUUGCAAAUACAGGUGCUAGUGUAAACAAAUUUGCUGUGACGGGCGUAUAUUGUGACAUUCUGCACCCUUGUUGACAAAUAUUGUUCCCAUCUGACUUUUAACUGUUUUCUAUGAAAACUUGAUUUGGUAUUCAGGUAUUGCUACAUGUUUGGAUUUUUUUCCACAAUGUAGAAUUGGAAUAAGCUGGGAUUUUCUAAAAGCUCAGGAUAAACUUAGACAAUUUGUUUGCUUUCUGAGACUGAUUUCACCUUAAAUGAAACUUAGAAUUGCCCUUGUCUCUCCAACUAUCUGUCCAUCCGAAUUUGUUUCAUGCAUAUCGCAGAAAGUGUUUGACUCAGAGUCAUCAAACCUCACUGGAUUGUCAUUCAGCAUGACAUUGUGAAGUUUUUUGAGAUUUCACUUAGACAACAGUGAUUCAGCCAGAACACAUUAAAUGCUUAAAAGUUUGCAUUGCUUAUAUCUUAAAAAAUAAUUGACCUAUAGACAUGAAACCAUGGAAUUAUAUUAUUCAGCAUGUAAAUUGUUCACCUAAGUUUUGUUUUGGAUUUCACUCUGCAAGACCAGAGUUAUGGCCCCUGACUUAGUCAAAAAUAUGCAUUAGGGGCAUAAAAGUUUGUGUUCCAUGUGUCUCAAAAAAUAUUUGACUUAAGAGUCAUAUAACAUCAGAUGAUUGUUAUUUAUCAUGUGAAGUUGUGCACCUUGUAUACUGUUUGCAAUUUCAGGCAGCCAGACUAGAGUUAUGGUCCUUGACGUAGUGAAAAAAUACACAAAAAGUGCUUAAAUAUGUAUCUUAAAAAUAUUUCACCUAGAGUCAUGAAAUCAUGUACAGUGACAGGUGGGGGGGGGGGUGGGGGACCAGCAUCCUGUGGACACGAAACCUAAUUUUCUCACUUGGUUAUAAGAUAAAUUUCAUAAAAUUGUCUUCAGUUUCUCCAUGACAUGUAGUGAGAUUUGUUUUAGUUCAAGAAUAAUGUUAUAUCACUGCUGUAUAUCUAUUAGCUUUACAUGUAUUUAUAAUUAUUUAUGCUUUAAUGCUUCAAAAUAGUCAUUGAAGUGUUGAGGGAAAGCAAAAAUUUCAGGUUUGUAUGAAAGUGUACAUUUUAUUUUCAGAUGAAUAAGCAUAGUUACAUUUUAGUUUUGAAUGAAUGCACAGAUUUCAUUAUUUGAUGAAAAAGAAUGAACUUCAGUGCUGAAUGAAAGCAUUAAUUUCAGGCACGAAUGAAUACGUCAGUUUCAGUUACGAAUGAAUUCAUGAAGCAUGAAUUGUGAGUUAACAUAAGGUACAGUAAUUCUGCUGUGAAAUUGGUGCUUUAAUACGAACCAUUUAAUGUAACUGGACACUGUAUCAUUCUAACACAGAAAGGCAGUAAUGCUUUUCCAUUGUUAAGUUGACACAGUGUCAGUGUAUGAAGGAAAAUAAAUGGUAUCAUCCAUUAUGCAAUUUGUAUUGAGGUUGUAUAUAUAAAAUCAUUUGUGUCACAAAUAUUUCAUAGAAAAUCGUCAUUGAAAAUGCAACUUCACGUGCUAAUGAUAUGUUGUUGUACAGAGAUAUAAGCCCUUGUUGUUCAUGCACAUAAUCUGGUAUGUGGUUUUAGAAGAGGAAAGUUGAAGCUGUUGAUCAAAAGUAGUGAGUUUUUGCAUGAACAGUUUACAUGUCUAUUACAUUUAUGCCAUAAAAUGCCUCAUUUAAUAAUAAUAUUUUGUGUAAUAUAGUGUACAGUUUAGUGCACUAGCAUAUAGAUUGUAAUAUGAUAAACUACUGUGUAUUUUAUCCAUUUGGUACUGAUGUAUGACAUUCAGCAUGACCACUGAAAACACUGGGGAUAAGAUUAAUCAAUUAUCAUGUAUCUUAAAAGUUUUAAAGUGACUUGUUCACACUUUACUGGUAACUUGUAUCCUUCUCACAUAAAACAAAAUUGUGUUCUUGCAAAGCAUGCAUGUAAUUUGAGAAGUUUUUUUUUUUUGAAAAGAUCAACACUUCCAAUGAUUUUAUAAAUAUUUCUUCAUUUCUGUUUUAAUAUCAGAUUCUGUGUCACCAGUUGUUUUCCGAUAGACUUCCAUUAUAACAUUAUGGUGUGUACGGCCUUCCAUAAAUUGAAACAUGUAUAUCUAAACACAUGUUUUUCAAAAACUAUCCUAGUUCCGCCAAAAUAUCAAACGAAAAACAUAUGAUGGUGAUACCCUAUUUAAGUAUGUUUCAUGUGACUGAGAUCACCCCCUGUUUACAUUGUUGGCAUGGUGGGAGGAAUUCCAUUGAUAAAACUUUUUUACAAUAAACAUAAAAUGUAGCAAAUUUUGUUAAAAUGUAUAAUAAAAUACUGUAAAUGCCGUAAAAAAUCAAUUUUGAAAAAAUAAUCACUUGGGUUUAUUUACAGUAAGUUCACUGUACAUUUUUGAAUUGGUGGUCUCUGACCAAAUGGCGAAUUUCAAAUUUUGAAGAAUACUUUCUUGUUUAAUAUAUAUAUAUGAAGGUUUGAAUGAGGAUGUUGUUUGGAUAUCAACAACUACAUAUCAAACCAAUGUUUAGUUGAUUGGUGCAGUGUGAAAUAAGAAUUUCUAGUGAAUUCAUUGUGCAGUGUGACCUUGUACAGUAUUGACAAAAAUUUACAAAUUUAAAUGAUGCAAAUUCAGUAUAUACUAUGGAAGUAAAUGGUUGUUUUUCGCUGUUGAAAUCCUUUCUCACACAGUACUGAUCAUUUUUGUAUUUAAUUAAUCAUUAAAUAUUUGAGCGGCGACUUUUUGUACAUUGUGGGUGUAUGCAUCUCAAAGAUGUGGUAAUGAUCAAAUAAAAUGUAAAAAACAUC